GGAUGUGUGUACAAGUCAAAAUAUAUGUGCAUAAGAGAAGUGUCUUCUCUAGCUAUACCUACCUUCUUUCCCCUUCCUUUGUUCUUUCAAAUUUGAAAAUUUUCCCUAAAAGAGCUGCAACCAUGGAAAUUUCACAGCCUCUUUCUAUUGAAAGCUUCUCAUACAGUUGGUUAGUGAACCUAAAACCAUCAUUAGAAAGCCUAGAUAGCUCCUUUAGAUCUACCCUAGAUGCAUAUGAUGAAACUUCCUUCAUUGAGAUGGAUCCAAGAAUGCCACCUUCUAAAAGAUUCUUCAUGAAUUCACAUGAUUCCAACAAAUUUGAUUUUCCAACCUCACAAUCCCCUCUUACUCUUGUUCAUGCAGAUGAACUCUUUUCUGAUGGUUACCUUAUGCCUUUUGUUGUUGAAUCUUUGAAAAUGGAAGAAUAUGAAGCAUUAGACUCCAAUAAUACAAGUCCUAAUUCAUCUUCACAUGCACCAAAAGGUGUUGUUCCUAGAUGCCAUUCCUUAAAAAGAUGCAGAACAUUAUCAAGAAGAAUAUUUUUGAAGUAUUUAAAUUUCUUAAGGCCUUUGUAUAGAAAAUUAAGAGGUCAUAAAUCAGGUUCUAAUAUUCCAACUGUUUUUAAAAGAGGUGAGGCUUCAAUGAAUAGAAGAUACCAUAAUUCAGAAUCAUCUCCAAGAAUUAGUGGAGCUUUUUCUGCAGAUGGUUGGAGAAAGUCUUGUGAUUCUGAAAGCUCAAUACAUGAGGCAGUUCUCCAUUGCAAAAGAUCCAUUGAAAGAAUAGACUAAGGAUGUGAAGAUGAAUGAGAUGCAAUUAAAUUUGAUUCAGUGUUUUUUUGGAUGGAUGGACAGUGAGUUUGAAGUUUGAACAAAUGGCAGUGACACCAGUGAUUUACCGAUGUUGUUGAAACUUCAAAGGGUGAUUCUGUAAAUUUUACCGUCAAUCCAAAUGAGCAAAAGUUUUUUAUUUAUAUACUAUGAUGAAAAAGAGAUGCCACUUUAUUAUUGUAUCUAA